AUGUGCCAGAUAGAAACUACCGCCAUUCCAAGUUUUUCAGGAUUCCCUUUAGGAGUAAACUCACCUGUAAUUAGGGCCCAGAGGGUAGGCUUGGAUUAUUUGGUGCGUGCAGUAGGGGCGUGCAUGAGUCCUAGCCUAGUGUUGGGUGUCCUCAGAUUGAAGCCUCAUCCAUUUAUAAAGUCCUUAGCUCACAUACAGGAGACAUAUCCCACUCUUAGAUUUUGGAUUCGGUUCGUUGUCUUUUUGGCUUCGCUCAAAGGCCUUGGCAAAUGGAUAAAUGUCAGGCUGACAGAUGAUUUGGAACCAGAUAGAUUAGAACCCUUCGAGUUUAUACUGAUUGUGAGACUCGUUUGGUGCCCGGUACUCAAACAGGUUAUCAUCGGUCGGAAAGCGGAAGGAAUUGCCAGUGGAAAUGCCGCAGGGACUAACUUUUGCCGAUUAAGUUCUCGUAGGACCGGGAGACUUGAGGAUUAUCCGUGGAGUUCAUUGUUUCAAGGCACUGGCGGGGAUACUAAGUUUUUCUGCUUCAAGUAUAAUGGAUAACGUCCAGUAAUUGCGAAACAAAACUCAUCAAUUAGAUAUUGUUUUUGUUAAUGUGACGACGGUGAUCAUCAUCGACUUUUUAUCACCAUACUACUUACGGUCCUCAUCCACAAUUACGUAACAGUCUUUUAAAAAACAUACUUCAAUCUCUUUCCUCCAACUUGAUGUAAAAUUAGGGCAGAGUACCCAUAGGGAUAAGCAUGGUAAAGCUCGUAUUUGAUAUUAGGUUCUUGUACUAAUUUAUAUUUGUGACUCUGCUUUGCCGUGUAGAUGUGUUGUCACUAGCUUCGUAAGUGAUUCAAAGGGUGGUUUCAAAUGCAACAAAAAUCGUCUGUGCUGGUGAAACAGUUGACAACAUGAACACCUAGCGGGUGCAGAAAACUGAAAUUAGUAACUUUUAUUACGAGUAGUAGGGAGUAACAAAAAAUUCUUAUCCCACUUGUAUAUAAGGUUCUAAAUCGCUUUAUCUGCUUGGGAAAGGUAAAUGUAAAUUAUACCAACAACCAUGGCUGAUACGUAUUCAAAGAAUGUGUCUACUUCAGAUCUAUUGAAACUAAUUGAAGAAGCAAAUCGCCAAUAGUUGUCGUGCUAAUUAAUAUCCCUGAUCAAAAAUCAAGAAGUAUUCAAAAACGUUCACCAUCUGAAAGGGACAAGAGUAGCUGUUUAUAAUGAUAUGUCUUACAAAGAUAGGCAGGAACAAAGAGUAUUGGUAAAGCAUCUCAAGCAAGCCAAAAGGCAGAACCUCAGGCAGAAAUCAAGGGACACUGCUUGGAAGUCGAGGAUUCUCUGUUUUCCGUACAAGAUAUCAAUAAUCUCUAGGGGAAUUGUGAGAAAGGCGACCCGGAGGAGAAAGAGGAAGAGGGCAGCAAAUUGGACGGGCUGAUGAUGAGACUAAGAGAAAGCUAAAAGCAGGCGAGUGAAGAUUCACUGCAGCCCGAAGACAAG